AUGUUCGAAGAGAAACUUCUCGUCGGAGUGUCCACCACCGUCUCCGUGAUUGCCGUUGUCGCGUGUCUGUUUGUGGUCCCGUCCAUCUACACUACUAUUCAGGAACUUCAUGUUGAGGUAAUCUCUCUUGUCGUGAGCACAGUUGAGAUCUGUACUUUAGGUUCUCUCCGGUGUUUCCUCGUUCCGCAUUGAAACCGAUGUUGCGUGGACGGAAAUAAUGGACGUCCAAGUGAUGGUUUUGCCUCCUUCCAUGCCACGUGUCAAUCCGUUCAACUCGGUGUUCCGCCAGAGGAGACAGUCCUUCUCGAGCCUGCCGGUCUGGUGCCAAUGCGAACCUAUCAAGCCGACCUGCCCUCCAGGCCCACCCGGUCCACCAGGCAAUCCAGGAGUGCGGGGACCGCCCGGUGCUCCAGGACUCCGCGGAAAAGACAAUACCGUCAUUUAUGCCCCGCUCACGUGUCCACCAGUGUCUCAGGACUGCGUCAAAUGCCCUCCAGGCCCAGCCGGACCGAUGGGGCCAACAGGAUCUGUAGGACCAGCAGGUCCAGAUGGUCGGCCAGGAUACCCGGGACCACGAGGAAAUGACGGAUUUCCUGGAGCACCCGGAGCUCCAGGAGACCAAGGACUGCCCGGAUUUCCGGGACUCGAUGGACAGCCAGGAAGAGACGGAGCCGACGGAAAGAGAGGUUAUGGAGCUCCAGGAGCUCCUGGAGCACCUGGAAAACCGGGACCAGCCGGAGCGCCGGGACAAGAUGGGUAUCCAGGACAGAACGGAUGGCAAGGCCGUCAGGGACCAGCGGGACAGGACGGCAUCCCUGGAAAUGUCGGGGCUCCAGGAGCUCCGGGCAACGCAGGACCUCCGGGAAUUCCGGGACCAGAUGCCUCUUAUUGUCCCUGCCCGGUUAGAUCUGCCGCUUUCUUUGGAAACUAA